CGAAGCCAGCGCUAGACCCGCCUUCUCGGUUGUUCACUGUCCUUCCCAGCAGCGAAGGAGCUAAGUUGUGAUUCCCUGGCACUAAGUACUGACAGUCGCGAUUGACUGAAACCAAGGGGAAGAUGGAGCACAGAGACCCUCAUUUCAACAUAUUGUUAGCUACUGAUUCCUAUAAGGUGACUCAUUAUAAGCAGUACCCUCCCAACACCAGUAAAGUAUACUCUUACUUCGAGUGCCGCGAGAAGAAAACCGACCCGACGAAGAACAGAAAAGUCAAGUAUGAAACAACUGUAUUUUAUGGCCUGCAGUACAUAACCAACAAAUACUUAAAAGGGAAGGUGGUGACUUCAGAGAAGAUUCAGGAAGCGAAGGAGGUGUACAGGGAACACUUCCAGGAUGAUGUCUUUAAUGAGAAGGGCUGGAACUACAUACUGGAGAAAUACGACGGCCACCUUCCCAUCGAGAUCAAAGCGGUGCCAGAAGGCAGCGUAAUCCCCCGGGGAAAUGUCCUCUUCACCGUGGAGAGCACCGACCCCGAGUGCUACUGGCUCACCAACUGGGUGGAGACGAUCCUGGUCCAGGUGUGGUACCCCAUCACUGUGGCGACUAACUCCAGGGAACAGAAAAAGAUUCUGGCCAAGUACCUGCUGGAGACCUCAGGCAACCUGAACAAACUGGAGUACAAGCUGCACGACUUCGGCUACAGGGGAGUCUCCUCACAAGAGACAGCAGGUAUUGGAGCCUCUGCCCACCUUGUGAACUUCAAGGGUACCGACACUGUGGCUGGCAUCGGUGUGAUUAAGAAGUACUAUGGCACCAAGGACCCUGUCCCAGGCUUCUCUGUGCCCGCUGCAGAACACAGCACCAUCACGGCUUGGGGGAAGGACCACGAACGGGACGCGUUCGAGCACAUCAUGAGGCAGUUCCCCAACGUUCCCGUGUCCAUCGUCAGUGACAGCUACGACAUUUACAAUGCCUGCGAGAAGAUCUGGGGUGAGGACCUGAGGAGUCUCAUCGAGUCCCGCAGCGCUGACGCUCCGCUGGUGGUCCGGCCCGACUCGGGAAACCCCCUGGACACCGUGCUGAAGGUUCUGGAGAUCCUGGGGAAGAAGUUCAUCCCUGAGGAGAACUCGAAAGGCUACAAGGUCCUGCCGCCGUACAUCCGAGUCAUACAGGGAGAUGGAGUGGACAUCAACACCCUGCAAGAGAUUGUGGAAGGGAUGAAGCAGCACAGGUGGAGCAUCGAGAACAUCGCCUUUGGUUCGGGUGGGGCUCUGCUGCAGAAGCUCACCAGGGAUCUGCUCAACUGCUCCUUCAAAUGCAGCUACGUGGUUACCAACGGCCUGGGGGUGAAUGUGUUCAAAGAUCCCGUGGCAGACCCUAACAAGAGGUCAAAGAAAGGUCGCCUGUCUCUGCACCGGGCGCCCAGCGGUGACUUUGUCACUCUAGAAGAGGGCAAGGGAGACCUGGAGGAGUAUGGCGUGGACCUGCUACACACAGUGUUUCAGAACGGGAAGAUUGUCAAGACGUAUACCUUCGAUGAGGUCAGGGACAAUGCCAAGCUCACGGACAGUGACCUUGAGGAACUCCUUCACUGAGCAGGCCCAGUCCCCGUUCACAAACCUUGACCCCACCAGGGGCAACACGCCCCUACCCACCUCCUCCCUUUCCCCAAAGACCCCUCUGAAGCACUAUCCUCCAUUGCAAAGGAGUGUUGACCCCCCCCCCCCCCCCCCCCCCC